AAUGGAAUAUACAUGAUUAUAGAAUAAUGAAUCCCAUUAAAUUGUUAAAAGGAAAAAGGGGGUGGGAAUAAGAACAAAUAGGAUGAAUUUGAUCGAAGUACAUUGUGUGCAUGUGUGGAAAUAUCAUAAUGAAAACCCUUUGUACAAUUAAUAUGCACUAACAUAAAAGAAAAAAUGGCUGAGCAUAGUGACUCAAGCCUGUAAUCCUAGCUACUUGAGAAGUGAAGAUUUGGAGGAUUGUAGUCUGUGCUAGCCCCAACGGAAAGUGAGACCUUCUGUCAAAAAAUAACCAAUGAAAAAGAGUUGUAGACUUGGCUCCAGUAGAAGAGAGCCUGCCUAGGAAACUCAAGGCCCUGCAUUCAACCUCUAGUACCACCAAAAUAAAAGAGAAAAUGUUAAUGCAGCCAAACAAAUUAGCAGUAGAUAUUUAGCUGCUCUUUGACUGACUUUAUCCUACAAAUAUUAUCUACUGAUUUUAAGUUGUCUUGCUUCUGAUUUUAGGCUUCUGAUACUGGAACAGCUUUGAGCAGUAUAAAGCACACAAAAGGAGCUCGUCAGCAAGUAGUUCAGUUACAUGUUAUUUCUUCUGUUUCUAAUUUCUUGAAGUACCUGGCUGGCUCCAAGGGAAGUUUAGGUGCAGAAGAAAUAAGAAGACUUGUCCUGACAUUAGUGAUGGGAGCCCUAGAAAGUCCAAACCCCCUUUUGAGAUGUGCAGCUGCAGAGGCAUGGGCUAGAUUAGCCCAAGUGGUUGAUGAUGGAGUUUUUACUGCUGGAUUAGCUCAAGUUAGCUUUGAUAAAUUGAAGUCAGCAAGGGAUGUGGUUAGCAGAACAGGACACUCAUUGGCUUUGGGCUCCCUGCAUCGGUAUUUAGGAGGAAUAGGUUCUUCUCAACACUUGAAUUCUUGCAUUGGAAUUCUCUAUGCUUUGUCUCAGGACAGCACCUCUCCUGAUGUGCAGACCUGGGCACUGCAUUCUCUGUCACUGAUAAUUGAUUCUGCUGGUGUGCUGUAUUAUGUGCAUGUGGAGCCAACCCUUUCUCUCAUUAUCAUGUCAUUGUUAAGUGUGCCUCCUACUCAUGCUGAGGUUCAUCAGAGUCUGGGUCGCUGCUUGAAUGCCCUCAUCACCAUGUUAGGUCCAGAGCUACAAGGGAACAAUACUUCAGUUUCUACCUUAAGGACUUCUUGUCUUCUGGGUUGUGCAGUGAUGCAGGAUAACCCAGACUGCCUUGUCCAGGCUCAGGCCAUCUCUUGCCUUCAGCAGCUUCAUAUGUUUGCUCCACGACAUGUCAACUUGUCCAGCCUGGUUAACAGCCUCUGUGAGAUCUUGUUGGAUAAUUCUGUGUUGGUGAAUCUUUGUAGUCCCUACUUGUUACUGAGAAGAGCAGUUCUGGCUUGUUUACGUCAGCUUGUACAGAGGGAAGCAGCUGAAGUUUCAGAACAUGCUGUUUUGCUUGCAAAGGGUAACAGAGAAGAGUUGACUCCAGAUGCCAACAUCAGAGAAGUGGGCCUUGAAGGGGCAUUAUUGACCUUACUAGACAAAGAGACAGAUCAGAGAUUAUGCCAUGAUAUCAAAGAGACUUUAAAUCACAUGCUUACAUCUAUGGCAGUGGAAAAACUCUCCCUUUGGUUAAAACUUUGUAAAGAUGUGCUUGCUGCAUCAGCUGAUUUUACAGCUGUGAUUUCUGUGGACACAAUGCAAGAGGAAGAAGGCGAUAAAGGUGAUGAUGCAUCAGUCCUGACUACCAGAAAUGUUGAGAAAUCACACCCUUUUACCAAUCCCCGGUGGGCUACCAGGGUCUUUGCUGCUGAAUGUGUCUGUAGGAUAAUUAACCAAUGUGAGAAUGCAAACAGUGCACAUUUUGACCUUGCUUUAGCACAAGAAAUGAAAAAAAGAGAUUCAAGAAAUGACUUUUUGGUGCUCCAUCUUGCUGAUUUAAUUCGCAUGGCUUUUAUGGCUGCCACAGAUCAUAGUGACCAGCUCCGUCUUUCUGGUCUUGAAACACUAUUAGUUAUUAUUCGGCACUUUGCAACUAUUCCGGAACCAGAGUUUCCAGGUCAUGUGAUCCUGGAACAGUAUCAAGCCAAUGUAGGAGCAGCACUUAGGCCAGCCUUCACUUCAGACACACCACCUGAUGUCAUUGCUAAAGCAUGCCAGGUUUGCAGUGCUUGGAUAGCAAGUGGAGUUGUGAGUGACCUUAAUGACCUCCGAAGAGUUCAUCAGUUGCUUGUUUCAUCAUUAACAAAAAUACAGGCUGGAAAAGAGGCAUUAAGUCACUUAUAUAAUGAAAGUGCUUCUACCAUGGAGAUCUUAGCUGUGCUAAAAGCCUGGGCAGAGGUCUACAUAAUUGCUGUACAAAGACAUAAAAAACACAAACAAAUUUCAAAAACUAACACCUGCUCGGAAGAAAGUGUCAGAAAUGGAUCACAUUCAUCAGAUGGACUUCUUGAACUAGUCUGCACAGAUCUUGGCACACUAAGCAGACUCUGGCUUGCUGCACUUCAGGAUUUUGCUCUGUUAACUUUGCCUUCAGAAUUUGCCACCCAACUUCCUGGUGAAGGUGGCACUUUCUAUACUGCAGAGACUAGCGAAAAUGCAAAAUUGCAUUAUCACAACUCAUGGGCACUUAUCCUCCAUGCUGCAGCUCUGUGGCUUACAAGCACAGGCUUUGUUGUUGCUGAGCCUGAUGAAGGUGCAUCUAAUCUCUCCAGGCCCGUAACACCAACUUCCAUGUGCCAAGGUUCAUCAUCUGGGGCUACAGUGAAGUCUCCCGAGGAUGUCUACACUGAUAGGUUCCAUCUGAUUUUAGGAAUCGGUGUGGAAUUUCUGUGUUCGUUGCGUUCAGAUGCAACCAUGGAAAGCAUCACUGCUUGUUUACAUGCAUUACAGGUCCUGCUGGAUGUUCCCUGGCCCAGAUCUAAAAUUGGCAGUGAUCAGGACUUGGGUAUUGAAUUGCUGAAUGUGCUACACCGAGUAAUUUUGACCAGAGAAUCGCCUUCCAUUCAAUUGGCUUCACUUGAAGUGGUAAGGCAGAUUAUCUGUGCAGCUCAAGAACAUGUGAAGGAGAAAAGACGAAGUGCAGAAGUUGAUGAUGGAGCUGCUGAAAAGGAAACCCUGCCAGAAUUUGGAGAAGGAAAGGACACAGGAGGACUAGUGCCUGGGAAGUCUUUGGUCUUUGCGGCACUAGAACUAUGUGUAUGCAUUCUGGUUAGACAGCUCCCAGAGCUAAAUCCUGAAUUGACAGGUAGCCCCAGAAUAAAAGCUACAAUGCCACAGAUGCUGUCAGAAGAUGGAAGUAGAUUGGUUUCAGCUGCACUGGUUAUCCUCUCUGAACUUCCAGCAGUAUGCUCUCCUGAAGGAAGCAUCUCAGUUCUUCCUACUAUAUUGUACCUCACAAUUGGGGUCCUCCGAGAAACUGCUGUGAAGUUACCUGGGGGCCAGUUAUCUUCAACGGUUGCAGCUUCCCUGCAGGCUCUAAAAGAAAUAUUAUCUUCCCCCAUGGCCCGAGCAGAAAAGAGCCACACUGCUUGGACUGACCUCCUCCGUAGUGCUUUGACAACAAUUCUUGACUGUUGGGAUCCAGUUGAUGGAACACAUCAAGAACUUGAUGAAGUCAGUCUGCUUACUGCUAUCACAGUAUUUAUUUUGUCUACCAGUCCAGAAGUGACUACCAUCCCAUGCCUUCAGAAACGCUGCAUUGAAAAAUUUAAGACUACCCUUGAGAUAAAAGAUCCUCUGGUACAAAUCAAGACCUAUCAGCUCCUACAUUCCAUUUUUCAGUAUCCAAAUCCAGCUGUUUCCUACCCAUACAUUUACUCUUUAGCAUCUUCCAUUGUGGAAAAACUGCAGGAAAUAGAUGAGAGAAAACCUGAAGACACAACUGAGCUUCAGCUCUUUCAAGAAGGCAUAAAGAUCCUGGAAGCGCUGGUUACUGUUGCUGAAGAACGGCAUCGCUCUCAGCUGGUGUCCUGUCUUCUGCCCAUCCUCAUUUCCUUCCUUUUGGAUGAGAAUGCUCUGGGAUCAGCAAGUUCAAUAAUGAGAAAUUUACAUGACUUUGCUUUGCAAAAUCUCAUGCAGAUUGGACCUCAGUAUUCAUCAGUUUUUAAAAAUGUAAUGACUUCUUCUCCAUCCCUGAAAGCCCGCCUCGAGGCUGCUGUAAAGGGCAAUCAGGAAAGUGUCAAAGUCAAGUUGCCAUCAUCUAAGCAUAGUAUGAAUCCUGGAAAGAAUUCACUUAUCCAAUUAAAGACCAAUUUCCUCUGAUUUAUUUUUUUUGGAAUAGUAAGCACCUUAAUCUAAUACUUGAUCAUUUCCUUGUCUUUGAGGACAAAAGUGAAAUUUUAGACACAACUGCACUUGGAGGUCUACUUGAUUGUUUUAGCUUAAAUAGCUGCGACUUUGCAAACUUAACAUUUUUUUUCUAUUUUAAUAAGACCAUAAAGCUGUCAGAAUUCUUGCCAGGAAUUUCGAUAAAGUGCUAAAGAACUAAAUUUGCUAAAUAAUUCACUGCUUAAAACAUGAAAUGGAUUUCUUAUAACAAUCCAUGUACACGUGGUAUACUUUCUGUGAGAAAUCCAGAUUUUACUCUAGUAUAAAUUAUCUGCACUUUUAUUGUAUCCCAGUUGCUAAUUUAAAAUUCUGCCUUAAUGAUAGGAUUAAACUUUCUUGGAU